AUGCCUGUCAGGGCCAUCUAUGAGGUGUUUCUCUUCAGCUGUUCCGUGGCACACAUCCCUUUCUUCCUGCGGCGGAGGAGGGAACUGUCCCAACUGGUCUGCACUCUACUAGAACCAUUCAGGAAAUUUGAGGGCUACACCAUUAAGUCAGAGAUCGUUAAGGACUACAUCCUUUGGGUCAACCGGUUCAGUGCAAUUUACAUCUUCUACCACGUCCUCUUCUUGACUUGUUUUCUCAUGGUUCUGUCACCACUCUUCACGCUGCUAUUUUUCACGGAAGGUGCCAUUGUUAAUGACUGGCCCCUCCCCGCUGGUCAUAUUCCAUUCCAGACAAACUCUCCCUUCGUCUACAUCGUCGCCUACGUCAUUACUGCCUCCGCUGUGGUCUGUGCUGGGCUUUUUCACUCCAGCUGGCACCUCGCUAUGAUCAUUGCUAGCCUUCACACCAAGGCCAGGCUCAGAAUGACCGCGGACUUUCUGGGUACCUUGAGCGAGAGAGCGGGACUUCCGGAACCUAUGUAUUCUGGAGUCUUGAUGACAAGUUUCGAUCGUAUAGGACAUGACUGCCUUGUCGAAACAGUUCAGAGCCACAUGGAGAUUAUACAGUUUGUGAGAAUGUUCAACCAAUGUUUCGGAAUGACUCUCCUAGUCUUGUUCCAGACUUCUAUGAUAAUUGUUGCAGUACUUGUUCUUCAAAGUGUUGACAGGGAGAACUACGAAACACAUGAACUGCUGACGGGGUAUAACCUGGCCUUGGCAUGUCUUGGCCUGCUGGGCCUCUUCAACUACUUUGGGCAGACAAUAAUCGACGAAUCAGAAAAACUUCACCAAGCCAUGUACGCCUGCGACUGGUACAACAGACCCAAGCCUUUCAAGACUAGUCUGCGCAUCAUGAUAACUGUCGGCUCUCGCCCUCUCUUCCUUAAAGUGGGUGGCCUUUACCCUCUCAGCAUGGAGUCUUAUGGAAGUAUCAUGAAGGCUGUUUACUCUUAUGUGAACAUUCUACUGUCUUUGCAAAAGGAGAAGGUGUAA